AUGCUCAACAUUCAACUGCCUGAGCACUCGACAAUUAAAAUGGAUACCGGGUCUCCGUCUUCACCAUCCGAAGCUCCGCAAGCUGAUGACCUCGCCGCAUUUUUAGAAAUCGGGUCGCCCUAUGGUUUUAAACAUGACGUGCAUAUUCACUACAACUUUCAAGAAGCAAGAUUUGAGGGCAUUCCGGAUAAUUUUGCCGAUUAUUUGGUCAUAGGAGCGUCGGAACGAGGACGUGCAGAAACGGUUUGGUCUUCAGAAGCAUCAAUGUCUUCGGAAGUGAAAAGCAGACGUCGUUCAAAAAGGACUCGUGCGAGUUCUGCUCCAUCUGAAAGCUUGAGAUUAUCCAGCAUCAUUGGCAACAUUGACAUGAUCAAUAGCAAUGAUCCUGUGCGAAUAAUAAAUCAGCAUUUCAAGCUGUCACACCGACAAGUUCCACGAAUUGCUGUUCCCGGCUACGACGAGCGAAUUCCAGCUGUGCUCGUUAUGAUGCAACAACACUUUGUAGCGAAACAGGGACAUUUGUCCCCUCAUAUCUUCCGCGAGUCUCCCAGUAAAGCGGAACGAGACCAGGCCAUGGUCGACAUCAAUUGCGGAGCCUUUCGAGGAGCACAACACGACGUUCGAGUGCUCGCUGAUCUGAUCAAACUCUGGUUUCGAGAGCUUCCAGAGCCUAUUUUGCACGAAAUUCAUGCUAGUGAAAUGGAACGCUUAGCUUCAGCCAAGAACGUCGACAUUGAAGUAUUGAGCCUGCUAGGAGACCUGGAAUCAAGCAUUAUACUUUGGCUAGCGGAUCUAUUGUCUUUUGUGGCCGACUAUCAAGCGCACAAUCAUAUGGGCGUGGACCAACUCGCUAUCGUCAUUGCACCAAACCUCGUGCGUCUUGAAACUGAAAAUCCCAUGGUUGCUGUCGCUCUGUCAAAGGCUGUUGUUAAUCUUUUUCGAGGGGUAUUGCGAGCUCGCUUUCAACGCCGUCAAGAGUUAAAGUCUACUAGAAUGAUCGAGAACGAUGUCUAG